GUGGGCUGGGGCCCAACCUACUUCACAAUACCAAUAUGAGCGCGUAGAGAAUUAAGUUAUUCUCAUCUCCUUUCGCACCAUUUUUCCGAAGAAAGCAAAGUUAGUUCCUUCAUGCCUUCUAUAACCUGUUUGCUCUAAUGGGAGCAGCAUAAAAUUUUAAAAGAAGGGGACGCCGAGAUUUUGAGCUUCGCUCUCACGCGCACAGCCUUCAGCAUCCCUUCGAAGUUUUGCUCCAGAUCUAUUACGAUUUAUUGUUGAAUGCAUCUGUAAGACUAGCGUAGAUCUACUGCUUACUCCAACCUCUGGUGAGUGCUAUUUUUCUCGAUUUCGAUGGCGAUAUCGAAUCCGAGAGUGACCUAUAUCAAAUGGACUAUGCUUGUUUUGGCUCUAUUUGCGCACAGCUGUAAUGGGUUUUAUCUGCCGGGAAGCUACAUGCAUACAUAUUCCAAAGCGCAAGAAAUCGUUACCAAAGUUAACUCCUUAACUUCUAUAGAGACUGAGCUGCCCUUCAGCUACUACAGUCUCCCUUAUUGCAAACCCCCUGAAGGUAUCAAGAAAAGCGCUGAGAAUCUCGGGGAACUCCUCAUGGGAGAUGAGAUCGAGAACUCCGCUUACCGAUUUAAAAUGAAUGUCAAUAAAACUCUUUACCUAUGUACCACACACCCUUUGACUGAGCACGACGUAAAGCUGCUGAAACAAAGAACCCGUGAUCUGUAUCAGGUCAACAUGAUCCUUGAUAAUUUGCCGGCGAUGAGAUAUGCUUACCAAAAUGGGGUUAAGAUUCAGUGGACUGGGUUUCCUGUUGGGUACACUCCACCCAACAGUAAAGAUGAUUACAUAAUCAAUCACCUGAAGUUCAGGGUUUUGAUUCACGAGUAUGAAGGGAGUGGUGUGCAGAUAAUUGGGACUGGGGAAGAAGGUCCGGGUGUCAUUUCCGAAGCUGAUAAGAAAAAGGCAUCUGGGUUUGAGAUUGUUGGCUUUGAGGUUUACCCGUGUAGCAUUAAAUACGACCCUGACACCAUGAAGAAAAAAUCCAUGUACCAAAGUAUCCCAGAUGUAAAUUGCCCCUCAGAGCUUGAAAAGUCUCAAAUAAUAAGGGAGCAAGAGAGAGUAUCAUUCACUUAUCAGGUUGAGUUUGUGAAAAGUGAUAUAAGAUGGCCAUCAAGGUGGGAUGCUUAUCUGAAGAUGGAGGGGGCUCGUGUGCACUGGUUCUCUAUCUUGAAUUCAUUAAUGGUGAUCUUUUUCCUCGCUGGUAUUGUCUUUGUCAUAUUCCUAAGGACUGUGAGGAGGGAUUUAACAAGAUAUGAAGAACUGGACAAAGAAUCUCAAGCUCAGAUGAAUGAGGAGCUCUCUGGGUGGAAGCUUGUUGUGGGAGAUGUGUUCAGAGAACCAGAUUCUUCAAAGCUUCUUUGUGUUAUGGUUGGAGAUGGGGUUCAGAUUACAGGGAUGGCAGUUGUCACUAUCAUUUUUGCAGCAUUUGGUUUCAUGUCGCCAGCUUCACGAGGAAUGCUAUUGACAGGAAUGAUCAUUCUAUAUCUUUUCCUUGGGAUUAUUGCCGGUUAUGUUGCUGUCCGUAUGUGGAGAACCAUAAAGGGAACUUCCGAAGGGUGGAGAUCAGUUUCCUGGUUUGUGGCAUGCUUCUUUCCUGGAAUCGUCUUUCUUAUCCUUACGGUACUGAACUUCAUUCUAUGGGGCAGCAAUAGUACUGGUGCUCUUCCCAUUUCCUUGUUUUUUGUACUCUUGUCCCUCUGGUUCUGCAUUUCAGUGCCUCUCACUCUUCUCGGAGGUUUCUUAGGCACACGAGCUGAGGCAAUUCAAUAUCCUGUGAGAACCAACCAGAUUCCAAGGGAAAUUCCUGCGCGCAAAUAUCCAUCAUGGCUUCUUGUUCUUGGCUCUGGGACACUUCCAUUUGGAACCCUCUUCAUCGAACUUUUCUUCAUCCUUUCUAGCAUCUGGCUUGGGAGGUUCUAUUAUGUCUUUGGUUUCCUGCUUAUAGUGCUUCUGUUGUUGGUUAUUGUUUGUGCUGAAGUUUCAGUGGUUCUCACCUACAUGCAUCUUUGUGUGGAGGAUUGGAGGUGGUGGUGGAAGGCUUUCUUUGCUUCAGGUUCUGUUUCCCUUUAUGUGUUCCUGUACUCCAUCAAUUACUUGGUAUUUGACCUGCAGAGUUUGAGUGGGCCUGUGUCGGCUAUCCUUUACCUUGGUUAUUCAUUGAUCAUGGCAACUGCAAUCAUGUUGUCAACUGGCACAAUUGGCUUUCUCAUGUCUUUCUACUUUGUUCAUUACCUCUUCUCAUCCGUAAAGAUCGAUUAAAAGUGUUGGCUGGAAUUCUUCAUCAAACAGUUGGGAAAUGAGUCUGCUAUGUAGGAAGAAGUAUUUUUGGUUAUUCAUUAUAGUCUUUACUUGGUUGCAUUGAAAGCUGAUUGUAUUGCAGCAUCUCAAGAGGCUCUCUGAUUAUAUGGGAAGAAGACCUAUUUCUGUUUGCUGCCUUGCUUGUGAUAUGAUCAGCGGCAGAUUCUCCUUUCACCCCCACACAUAUCCGAUUUGGUUUCUUACUGCUUCACUAGUGUUGCGCUUUACUUUAGUUUAAUCACAUUCUACUAGAAAGUUGUAAUUCGUGGACCUUCAGUCCUUGUAUUGUCUUUUAUUUCGUAUCUGAAUAGAAAGGUGAAUUGGAUAAUUCUUUCGAAUCCCAACAACCGGUUGAUUUUGUGCUGGUAAAAUUUUAAAUUUGAUACACCUCUUUAAUGUUUC